GCUGCAGCGACAGUCAGGAGAGUUCAAACACCGACAGAUCUCCAGAUGUUUCACGUGAGGGUCGCUCUGUCUGUUUUUGCCCUGAUGCACUCAUGUAGAGGUCAGCGUCAGGUGAUUGGUCCGUCUGAACCAAUAGUCGCUCUAGUCGGUGAGGAUGUCAUUUUGCCGUGUUACCUGAACCCUGCCAUGAAUGCUGUUGACAUGGUUCUGUCGUGGGAGAGACCUGACCUGAACCCCAGAUAUGUCCACGUGUGGCGUCAUGGUGGAGAGAAAGAGAAUAUGAAACAUCCGUCCUACGACGGAAGAACAUCACUGUCCAUUGAUGAGCUGAAGAGCGGAAACAUUUCACUGAAACUCUCCAAAGUCAAACUGUCUGAUGAGGGAAGAUACAAAUGUUUCAUUCCACAGCUGGGCGGCUUAGCUACUGUUCAGCUUACUGUGGGUGCUGUCUCCUCACCUGUCAUCCACAUCACCAUAAACAGCAGUGAACUGGUGUUACAGUGUGAGUCUAAAGGCUGGUAUCCAGAGCCUGAGGUGUUCUGGCUGGACGCUGAGGGAAACCUCCUCUCUGCUGGACCUACAGAGACAGUCAGAGGUCCUGAUGACCUCUAUACUGUCAGCAGAAGAUUGACUGUGAGGAAGAGCCACAACUUCACCUGCAGAGUCCAACAGAAGAACAUCACCCAGACCAGAGAGACACACUUCUAUGUUCCAGAUGGUUUCUUCGUGGUUCCCAGCACUUCUAGUCAGCAUGUUGUUAUUGGCUCAGUUAUCGGCUGUGCUGCUUUGAUGGUUGUUCUCGCUGCUGUCUUUGUUUUGUGGAAACGAAAACAAAGAAAAUCCAAAAACAAGAUGAUGAGCCCAGAGGAUGGAGCUGAACAGACCGAGAAACACAAGACAAUCACAUCUAAAAGUGAAAACACAGAAGUCCAGAUCGAGAUGGAAGAAGAAGGAGAAAGUGUCCCACUAAUGGCAGCAAGAGAAGAAAAGAAUAAUGAAGAUAAUAGAGGAGAGCAGAUCAAAUCUCAAAGUGAACAUACAGAUGCUGAGUUUGUGAUUGAAAGAGAGACACAGCAAGAUCAGCUCAGGACAAAACCAGAACCAGUUACCUGUAACCAGGACAUGGAUGUCACAGGAGGAGAGAAAACAAUGACACCUAUGAACAAUGAAGAGGUAACUGUGAUUCCAACACAAGAAACACAAAGACACCAAAACCAGGACAACUUGUUAGGAAGACAAGUAAAAAAUGAUUGGGACAAGUCCGAAGCAGAAAAGAUGAUUAAACCAGUUAAAGAAGUUUCAGGACUCCCAGUCGUACUGGUUCACACUGAUCAGGAGGUUCAGAAAGAAGAAGAGACACAGCAAGUGCAGCCCAUGGAAGAAAGACAGCCAGAGAAUGAUGUGGCCAAGAAAGAGGCAGAAACAAAGAAAGGGAAAGAACAGGAACGAGCUGAACAAAGAGGUUCUGGACGGAAGCAGAAGCAACGGGAGAACAAGAAGAAGCGUGAGUUAGAGUUUGAGAGAAGAAAGAGAGUAAAAGAUGAGACAGAGGUCGAACCACAACAGAGAGAUGGUGACAGACAUCUUUUAGAAGACAAAACACAGGAGGAGAGUAAGACAGAACAUGAGGAUGAUAAAGGAAACGAUCGGGAAGGAAACCAAAAUGAAUUUAUGAGAACGACAGAAAGAACAGCAGAGAACCAAAAGAAACAAAGAAAUGAAAAUGUGAAGGAGAAAAAAAAAUGUGGAGUAGCAGGUCAGACAACUCGUACACAACACCGAACACAAACACAUCAUCGGGUAUCAGCUUCAUAUCUUCCAGCACUGGUCGAGGCCACAGUUGUCUGUAGUUUGUGUCUCUCUGUGUGUUUUCUUAUGGUUUGUUUCAGGGACUUGGCGCUUACCCUUUGGAUUUUAACUGCAUGUGUAAUCACUUCAGUGCAGACAGCCGAUAAAGGUCAGCAUUGGAUGAUCGGUUCAUCUCAGCCGAUCGUGGUGGCUCUGGGUGCUGAUGUCAUCCUGCCGUGUCACGUGAAGUCUGGGGUCAGCGUGGAGAGGCAGACGGUGAUGUGGUGGAGGGCCGGCGUCCCGCCUGACCCUGGAGACCCACUGAGCGAGUACAGGUUUGUUCACAUGUACCGUGACUACCACGACGUAGAGGACAUGAAGAUGGAGUCUUAUGCUGGGAGGACGACGCUGGACAAAGACGGCCUGAAACACGGCAACAUAUCGCUGAAGAUCACAAACGUGAGGCUCUCUGACCAGGGACGAUACCGAUGUUUGAUCGCUGAGUUGUGGAGCGCUUCAGUUAUUAAGCUUGUUGUUGUUCCAAACUCUGUUCAGACGCCAACAACAGAGACGUUUCAUUCCAGAACUCACCAGACUCAGGAUCCAGAGAAUGAGAUGACUGUUUCAGUUGGUCGGUCCCAUCCGGGACUGAUCUCAGUGGUGGUUUUCUACGUCACACUGAUUCUGGGUGGUGGAGUCUGUGGAUAUUUUUUCAAACUCAAGCGUGAAAGAUGUAAAAAUCUUCAGGACUAUGAUGUUGCCCCAAACAAACCACCUCCACAUGGAUUUUUCUUGGAUGGUUGGAUGACACUUGUUUUUUUUUACCUCGACUACUCAGCCACCUUUUGUUAUUUCCCUGUCAAAAUGAUUCACCUGACCGAUGAACUGAACUUCAGUGUCUUUAGAGCUUUGCUUCCUCAUCACAGUGUUUUCGUCCUUCUUCUAUUACAGUCCUCUGCAGGUCAGCAUCAGGUGGUUGGUCCAUCUAAUCCAACGGUGGCAAUAGUUGGUGAUGACAUAAUUUUACCAUGUCACGUGGAACCUGGUGUUAGUGUUUCAGAGAUGACUGUAGAGUGGGCGAGAUCUGACCUGAAUCCCAGAUUUGUAUAUGUGUGGCGUGACGGUGUGGAACUAGAGAGUAAGAAACAUCCGUCGUACAGUGGAAGAACAUCUCUGUUCAUCAAUAAACUGAAGAUGGGAGACAUUUCAUUGAAACUCUCCAAAGUGAAACACUCUGAUAAAGGAAGGUUCAGAUGCUUCAUCCCAGAACUGGGUGCCGCUUUUGUUGACCUUGUUGUAGGUGCGGUCUCCUCACCUUUCAUAGUGAGUGUUAACAGAACCAGCAGUCGACUGGUUCUACAGUGUGAGUCUAAAGGCUGGUAUCCAGAGCCUGAGGUGUUCUGGCUGGACGGUGAGGGAAACCUCCUCUCUGCUGGACCUACAGAGACAGUCAGAGGUCCUGAUGACCUCUAUACUGUCAGCAGAAGAUUGACUGUGGAGAAGAGACACAGCAACACCUUCACCUGUAGAGUCCAACAGAAGAACAUCAACCAGACCAGAGAGACACACAUCUGUAUUUCAGCUGAAGACGUCGAGAUCCCCACGUGUUUUCACUGGAUCGUUAUCUGUGUGGUUUUCAGCAUUUUUGUCACUACACUCAACAUCUUGUACAAACGAUUUAGAACAAAUUAAAAAGUUAUGUUAAAAUGGUUAAAGCUGGUAUAAUCACAUCACAUUGAUAUGAAAAGUGUCACUAACCCUAAAUAACUUGCAUAUAGGAGCUGCUGUAAGGGGAUUUCCCCAGUGUAGGAUAAAUAUAAACUUCCUGGUUUAUCUUAAGUCUGGGUGACUGAUGCAGAGCUUGCUGGGCUACACGGACUGUGAACUCAGCACAGCUGUGAUGCAUUCAGGCUGCACCGCAAAUACAUUAUUUUUAACACGUGCUGUGUCAAAUUUCAAAAUAAAACACCCUGUGCACACUCCAGAUUGAAAAAACAGCCAAAAAAACAAACAAAUUAUUGACAUACUCACUGAUCGUAGAAGCACAUAAACCAAAGAAAACAAAUUACAAGUUAACAAAGUCUGGAGGGCAACAAAACUGUACCCUGUGGCAUUUAGGCUCACUUACUAAUAUAACUCUAAACCAACAACUAAAGUGUGGUUGGUUUAGAGUUAUAUUUAUGAGGGUGUAGUGGUUAUAACUCUCUCUGCUGGUUGCCUAUAGGUAUGAGCUUGAAUGGCUGUUUUCAGUAUUAUAGAUGUCAUUUUCACUUUUUACCACAGGCGGGCGCCAUUGCUACUCAAAACAUCUGUGUUUCCCUUCAUCUUGUUUUAAAUCAAGAACCUCGCCAUAAAUUCAGCAUGAUCAGAAUUCACCAGGGCUAUGUUUUCAGGUGUACAUUGAAUAUAAAUAUGAAAUUGAAACACAAAGAGAGAGACUGUUUCUUGUGAAAAUGAGUAGACAACACUACUGUAUGUGUUAAAAACUUUAUUUUCAGUUAAGUAUUUUAUAAUAGAAUUUUUUCUUUCAAACUGAACAUUUAACAAAAGUGAAAAAUUACAUGACAAAAUCAAGACAUAUUUUACUUUUGAUUGCUAAAAACUAAUUCACAGGUGAUAUACGAUAUUAUUGCUUAACAGGCUUGGACUGUAAUCAGCUAGCUGAAGACUGACCCGUUGAUGUUGGACCAGUUGAUGUUGGACCAGUUGACCUGUUUGGGGGUCACACAGUCCCUAAUGUCAAGAGAAUACCUGUACUGUAAGCAUAGAUGUGAACUUUAUUGUACAUUAUUAGUGCUACAGAUGAACACUGAAAAAUCAAUCAAGGACAAACGACACUUUCAGACACAAUGUGUCAACGGCAGCAUGGUGCUCUGAAACCCCAUUUGAAGCUUUAACUUUAUCCUGGUGUUUUGAACAACAUGUUGCUCAAGGUACCUUCUAUAAGAGACUAGCUACACUGGCCACAUGGAUCAAGACUGAGCUACUGAGUGUUGCUCAUAUAUACAACCUCCUAAUGAGCCAAUGGUUCCCAGGUGCAAGAGGGUGGCGCUUCUUAGGAGAGCGGCAACUGAGAUGGUGGCAUUGCAAAGUCAAAGGCUGCCUAUCACACUGUGAUCUGACAGCGCCUGAAGUUGUAAAAGGCCAAAAAAUAAAUAAAUAAAGUGAAAUUCGGCACAAGCU